GCGGCGGUGGACGAACGGGGGCGGUGGUGGCAGCAACGGCAACGAGCGAGGGCAGAGUCGUUGACGGUGGCCGACGGUCUCGGGCACGAGUUACCGCGACGAGAGUACAUUACCUAUCGCACGUCGAACGAGAACACGCAUCGGACGCGACACGUUGAGCGUUUCGACAGUCACAGCCAAACAAACGGCUUUUUCCCUUCCGUCUCCCACGUUCCUUCGUUCUUUCGUUCUUUCGUUUACUUUUGCUUCUUUUCCGCUCUCUUUCUCUCUCGUUCUUCGUUUUCUUUGGUUUCCGAUCGUUGCCGAGCGCAUCGUAUCCCGUGGUUGUCGGCUCGGUCAGACAGCUUACACUCGUCCCCAGCGAGGGUCGAUUCGUGUGCGCGCGUGCAACUUUCGACUGACGCGUGAUACUCUUCUACUAGUCGCGAGGAAUAGCCACGGGACGGAGCGUGCAGUCGAGAAGAGUUGGACGAGAGUGUAGGAGCCAGGAUCGAAGUAUUCCACGGAUCUUGGAUCCGAUCGUUCGAUAGGAGAAUCGGCGACUAAUUCGAAUUCGCGAUGGCCGACGAUCAGGAAGCAAACAACACGUGCGAAGAUUCCCUCGGGCCCGGCGAUGCGAACACCGCAUUUGCGAAGAAAAUUCGCGGCCGGAAAGGAGCGCUGAAAAAGAAGAAUGUCUACGUGGUGAAGAAUCACAGCUUUAUGCCGCGUUUCUUCAAGCAACCGACCUUCUGCAGUCAUUGCAAGGACUUCAUAUGGGGCUUCGGGAAGCAAGGAUACCAAUGCCAAGUCUGCAGUUUCGUCGUUCAUAAACGAUGCCACGAAUACGUGACCUUCACGUGCCCUGGUGCCGACAAGGGAGCUGACUCGGACGACACGCGGACGAAGCACCAAUUCAAGCAACACACCUACAACAGCCCCACCUUCUGUGACCACUGCGGUAGUCUUCUCUAUGGUGUCAUCCACCAGGGCAUGAAGUGCCAAGCAUGCGACAUGAACGUACACAAGAGAUGCGAGGAGAGCGUGCCGAAUCUCUGUGGAUGCGAUCAUACGGAAAGACGUGGUCGUAUAAACUUGCACAUCGCAUGUUCCGGAAGCAAACUGACCGUCGAAGUGAAACAGGGACGAAAUCUCAUUCCGAUGGAUCCAAACGGCUUGUCGGAUCCUUACGUCAAGUUGAAGUUGAUUCCGGAUUCGGACAACGUGAAGAAGAAAACAAAGACGAUCAAGUCCUCCUUGAAUCCCGAAUGGAACGAGACGAUCAUCUUCGACCUGAAACCAGAGGACAAAGACAGGCGACUCCUGAUCGAAGUUUGGGACUGGGAUCGAACGUCGAGGAACGACUUCAUGGGUUCACUCUCCUUCGGGAUAUCGGAGCUUAUCAAAGCACCGGUAAGCGGCUGGUUCAAACUUCUCACGCAGGAGGAAGGAGAAUACUACAAUGUACCUGUACCGGAGGAGGGUGUGGAUCUUGCAGAGUUGAAGGUGAAAAUGCGAAAAACCUCGGUGACGAAAAAGACCACCACGACGCAGGACAAGGAGGUCCCGCACAACAUGGGCAAGAGCGACCUGAUAAGGGCCAGCGAUUUCAACUUCCUAAUGGUGCUCGGCAAAGGCAGCUUCGGCAAAGUGAUGCUGGCGGAGAGGAAAGGUACCGACGAACUCUACGCCAUCAAGAUCCUGAAGAAGGACAUCAUCAUCCAAGAUGACGACGUGGAGUGUACCAUGGUCGAGAAACGCGUGCUGGCCUUGUCGAAUAAACCACCGUUCUUGGUGCAACUUCACUCUUGCUUCCAAACCAUGGAUCGGCUCUACUUCGUGAUGGAGUACGUCAACGGUGGAGACCUGAUGUACCAGAUACAGCAGUGUGGCAAGUUCAAGGAACCCGUCGCUGUAUUCUACGCAUCCGAAAUAGCGAUCGGUCUCUUCUUUCUCCACGGUCGAGGCAUCGUGUACCGGGAUCUGAAACUGGACAACGUGUUACUCGAUCAGGAUGGUCACAUCAAGAUCGCUGACUUUGGAAUGUGCAAGGAGGGCAUCAACGGUGACAAGACUACCAAGACGUUUUGCGGGACACCGGACUACAUUGCGCCGGAAAUCAUAUUGUAUCAGCCGUAUGGAAAGUCGGUGGACUGGUGGGCAUACGGCGUGCUGUUGUACGAAAUGUUGGUCGGUCAGCCGCCGUUCGACGGCGAGGACGAAGAAGAGUUGUUCGCCGCAAUCACGGAGCAUAACGUCAGCUAUCCGAAGAGCUUAUCCAAGGAGGCGAGGGAGAUAUGCAAAGCGUUUCUUACCAAGAAUCCGGUGAAGAGACUCGGCUGCGGCCUACGGGGAGAAGAAGACGUUCGCAGCCACGCGUUUUUCCGGCGAAUCGAUUGGGAAAAGAUCGAGAAUCGAGAGGUGCAACCGCCGUUCAAGCCAAAGAUCAAACAUCGCAAGGACGUGAGCAACUUUGACAAACAGUUCACCUCGGAGAAGACAGAUUUGACGCCUACGGACAAGUUGUUUAUGAUGAACCUGGAUCAAACAGAGUUUAUGGGUUUCUCGUUUCUUAAUCCAGAAUUCGUGCAACACGUUUAAAUCGAUAGAAUAUCUAAGUCACUGGCUAGUUUUAAUCUCGUCAUACGUUUUCCUCCCUCCAUUGUCCUCGGACAUUCGUCUUUUGACUCUUCGCUGCUCAGGGCUUUCACUUUUUCUCUUUUCUCUUUCCUCCUCCUUGCCCCUCUCUCUCUCUCUCUCUCUCUCUCUCUUUUCCCCCUCUCACUUUCUCCCUGACGCUUCAUCCCUCCUCGUUUAAACCGUCGACUAUCGUACCCCUCCCCCCCCCCCCCCCCCCCCUCCAUUGGUUGUGAAAGCAACCCAAGACUUUUCACCUUGUAUCCUUAACGCAAAGACCGGGAUGUUCGCGUGGUGUCGCCCGUGUCGCGUUAGUAACGUGAAAAAUUGCGAAUCGGCAAAGAUGAUGGAUUCGUGUGACGAAUCCGAAAUCGCGCGUGAUGGUAAGAAAAGGACGGAAAUAAACUGCGAUCGAUCGCUGAGGAAACAUUGUGCUUCCUCCUGCGGUUUUAUCGAGAAUCGAAAAUAUUUCCCAAUUAUUGUCCUCGUUCUUCGCGUUCGUUAUUGUUAUACUUUUACCUCGGUAUACUCUACUGUUGCCUUCCAAGACACACACACACACACACACACACACACACACGUAUUUAUACAUAAAAAUGAUACAUAUUGAAGAAACGAUUAUAUUCUUAUUAUUAUCAUUACGAUCAUUCAUUGUCAUUCUUAUCAUCGUCGUCAU